AUGGGCGCACUACUCUCCAUCCCCCUGCUGGCCGUGCCCAGCGUCGGCACCCUGAUGUCAUUCGCUGCCAGCUGCUGCGGCGCCGCCACCUGCUCCAUGGUGUGCAGUGCCUGUGGCAAGUGUGGUAACAGCGUCGCCACGCGUAUCGCAUACGCCCUGAUGCUCCUCGUCAACUCCAUCGUGGCCUGGAUCAUGCUCACGCCCUGGGCAAUCGAGAAGCUCCAGCACCUCAUGCUGGACUACGUAAAGAUCGACUGCCCGACAGGCGAAUGUACCGGAUGGCUGGCCGUCUACCGCAUCAACUUUGCCCUCGGGCUCUUCCACCUCAUCUUUGCCGGUCUCCUUUUCGGUGUCAAUAACUCCAAGAACCCACGCGCCGCCAUCCAAAACGGUUUCUGGGGCCCCAAGGUCAUUGCCUGGAUCGCCUUCAUCGUGCUGUCCUUCCUGAUUCCCGAUGAGUUUUUCAGGGUCUGGGGUAACUACAUCGCUUUUAUUGGAGGCAUGCUGUUUUUGGUCUUGGGUCUCAUCCUCCUGGUUGACCUCGCCCACACCUGGGCUGAGUACUGUCUGGAGCAGAUCGAAAACACGGACUCCAAAACAUGGAGGGUUGUCCUGAUAGCCUCGACGCUGGGCAUGUACUUGGCCUCCCUGGCCAUGACCAUUGUUCAGUACUUCUUCUUCGCCAAGUCGGGCUGCUCCAUGAACCAGGCCGUCAUUACCAUCAACCUGCUCUUCUGGAUCAUUGUGUCAUUCGUAUCCGUCCACCCCACUAUCCAGGAAUACAACCCGAAGGCCGGUCUGGCGCAGAGCGCCAUGGUGGCCGUCUACUGCACGUACCUUACCAUGUCUGCCGUGUCCAUGGAGCCAAACGACAAGGACUGCAACCCCCUGUACCGCGCCCAAGGCACCCGGACAACCUCGGUGGUCAUCGGCGCCAUCGUCACUAUGCUGACUGUAGCUUACACGACAACGCGGGCAGCUACCCAGAGCCUGGGCCUUGGGAACAGCCGCGGAGGCAUCAGGCUUCCCGACGAGGAUGAGCAUGAUCUCGUCACCCAGCAGCCAGGUCGCCGGGAAAUGAGAGCCGAGGUGUUGCGUCGGGCCGUGGAAGAGGGUAGUUUGCCGGCGGACGCCCUUCUGUCGGAUGACGAAGACGAAGAUUCUGGCACCAAGGGCACGGGUGACGACGAGCGCACUAGCACCCAGUACAGCUACAGCGUGUUUCACGUCAUUUUCUUCCUGGCCACGUGCUGGGUUGCAACUCUCCUGACCCAGGGUCAGAACAUUGAAGAUGAGGGUGAUUUCGCAACCGUGGGACGGACGUAUUGGGCAAGUUGGGUCAAGAUCGUCAGUGCUUGGGCUUGCUACCUCAUGUACAUCUGGACACUGGUGGCUCCCAUCGCCUUGCCUGACCGAUUUGACUUUUCUUAA